UUAACCAUGAACAACAAAGUGUAUAUAAACCCAAAAUUUAAUAGGCCAACCUCGACUAAUCUGCCUCCAGCUGCAAGUAAUAAUAUGCAUGUAAAUCCGAAAUUUUCUCAACACAUGUUGCAUAACAACAGUAGAAUAUAUGUUAAUCCACAUUUCAUUAAAUUGAAUGCCAAUCAUGCACAUGGUCAAAGAGAAGAUUAUGAUACACAUUCAAAAAGUGAACAUCCUCCUGUAACAGCACAAGUAAGUAACACUUCAAUAGUUGCUACUUCUAAAUCGAGAUACUCUUUAGUAAGACACAAUGCAACACAAGCUUUACCGAAUCAGACACAUAUGAAAGCUACUACUAUAAAACUAAAUAAAUAUAAAUCAGUUGCUAUCUGUGAUUUCAAAAAAAUAUUAGAUGUAAAAGUAUCUCAGCAAGUAAAUAAUAAACCAGAUCCUGUGAGUAGACAGCCAUUAUUAGGCCGCAGUGACAAAACGCUAACUAAUCCAAAACCGAAAGCUGGCUUUCAAUAUGCGGGUAGGCAGAUUUCUAAUAAAAACCACAUUAGAACAAGAUUUAAGCUCCGAAACAUAUCACUUGAUUCUGUUAAAAGCGUGCCCAAAUCGAGCCCCUAUAAGCUGAAACCGAAAACAAAUCUAAAGAAGAAUAAUAUUCCUUGCCCCUUAUUUAAAAAAUACGGAAAAUGCUUGAGAAGUAUUCAUGGAAUUUGUGACUUCCUUCAUGAUAAAAAACAUGUGUCUAUAUGUAGAAAGUUUAUGAAAGGUAUUUGUCAUGAUAGUAAUUGCCUCCUUUCUCAUGAUGUAACGAGUAAAAAAAUGCCCACUUGCAAUUUUUAUUUAAAAGGGAUGUGUUCCAAAGAAAAUUGUCCUUAUGUUCAUGUGAAAUUAAACGAAAAAGCAAAAGUUUGUUCAGAUUUUUUGAAAGGCUAUUGCGAGAAAGGCGACAAAUGUUUAAAUCGCCAUGUUGAUAUUCAUCAAGGCACGGAAAAGAAUAAACGUGAAAAGCAAGUUGUGUGCUCCUUAAAAAAUAAAAAGACUCCUCAAAGAAAUGUACGUAAAUAUAAAUUAAGUGUAAAUAAAGAUUUACCUAAAAUUGUACAAAAAUCUUCCGAAAAAGAUUCGAAACCCAACAUAACCAGCCUUACCGACACGCGAUAUUAUAAAGAAGUCCAAGAAACAUCUGCCAACAUGUCUGAGCCUAGCGAAGUUAUUAAACCGACGAGAUGUAAAUUAGGCACUUUGCCUUCUUUUAUAAAACUUUGAAAAUGAAACUGUUGUUAAGUAUUCGCUGGGUGCGAAGUACUAGGUGGGGGGGACAUAAUCUAUCGCAGCGCUCAUGGUGGUCAAAAGUAGAAAUAAUGUAAGCUCUGUCAUCAGAUGUAUCUGUCAAUGGCAAAGCGAUUCUACAUAAUACAUUUUAAUAUCAUUAAUUAAUCGCAUGAAAAGGGUCCUACUGGGAACUUAAAUAAAAGAGUGGCCUGUAUUUCGAUAGGGCUGGUUUAAUAGCUGUUUACAAUUUGGAAAUAACUAGACUAUACAACGUGGUAGUACAAAAAUGAGUCACAGUAGUUGUUGUGCACAGAUGUUUGCCUUAUGAUGAGAGCGUGAAUUAUUGAACUCUGCCCUUGUUUCGUUCUUAAUUCUUCUACAUCUCGGACUUGUCCAGCCAAUACCAACAACUUUCCUUUAAAUACGGUUUGUGGUUGGAAUUUGAUAUUGUAACUCUCACAAACCCGGUCUUCAAAACGAUACUCAUUUCGAUCUGAAAACGAUAUUUAAUUUAUUACUAGCGAUACAGAAACAUUUAAAUAUAUUUACUGUUAUAUAAUGAAACCGUUAAAGUAGCUUUUUCUUUUUGUUUUACUGUAAAACUACAACUAUAAAUGAAGUAAACAAACCCUGACACAAUCAAAAUUAAACACACUUUUUGGACUUACCUCAUUUGAUUUGAAUGACCAAAAUGAUUUCAAAACCUUUUUUCCACCCAAAUCGUGGUAUCACAACAAUUUAUUAGUUGAAAAUAUUUGUUAUUUUUUCAUUUCGAUAUUUUUUCACAAAUAUACGACCUAAAUGUCUAUGUGACAGAACCCACAAAGUUGUGGACGCUAGUUGGCGCUGUAAUCGUGCACGGAGCCAAUAGCCUGACCAGCCCCCCUAGACAAAACGCACUUUUUGAUCGAAUCGAAAAUCGAAUCUGUCAAAACUCCAUACAAAAAAGGGACUUUUCGACCACUUUUCGACUGGUUUGCGAUCAUAAUUUGCACUUUGUCUAGACCCACAGGAACAUAAAAACCCUCGCCAUGUUGCGGAAAACUAAUGGUACUAAUUUCUUUUAAUGGCAACAGUAACUGAAAACUUCAUUGACAUGUCACCUUGCAUGUCAGUCUAUUGCUGUCAAAGUGUAAACAAACUUUAUUUUAAAUGUGCGCAAUUGGUUUUAUGAAUUAAAUUGCUUAAAUAUUUUUAUAGUCGUGAAAGAAAAGUGGUUCACAAUGUGUUAAAGUAUUUGUCGAAGAGAAAUACUAAGGGUUCGGACAAUAUUUUCAUUGAAUAAUGUUUCCGACAAAGGUUGUCAAAUCGACUGACAUGUUUAUCGUAUAGUACAGUCCACUAUGAAAAUUAGCUGUGGUUUGUUUCAACUACCUAUUUUAAAAUUUUUUGGCACUUUCUAAGUGUUGAAUUUUAUGGGAUUGGGAAAGAAGUACCGAGUUUGAAGCGUUCAUGAGCAGACAUUGCAGUUGAAUAUUCAAGUUCUGAAUUUGAUUAUUGAUGAAUAAUAAAAUAAAUUCUACUAGCUCGAUUGAUGGUUUCAUUUAAUUUAUUUAAAUCAGGUUACCUAUAAUAAUAUUUUUUCGUUAAUUUAUGAAAAUAUCAAAUUAGCCCGUAAUCCUGAAUCCUGAUACAUAAAGUUAGCCUAUUAAUUUAACACAGGUACGACUGUACUCAGUGUUGCACUAUCAAAUGCAAUUGACGCGCCUCUAUGCCAGGGUUUUUAUGUUCCUGGUCAGGCUAUACCUACUUGUUUUUCAAAGUUGAGUUACUUACUUGUGCUGUCUGCAUGUGUGUGUUUUAUUAUGACGUCACUGUGAAAGAAACCUAUCUGUGUCAGAAAAUCAAAUAUUUAUAAUAAUAUGUUCUUUCUUAUCACUAAAGAAAGGGAAGUACAUAAUAAUGUGCACCUUCAAAAUAAAAAUUACAACAGUCCCUGAAACUACGCAAUCAGAUGCAGCAAGUUUUACUACCUAUAUUCGUAAAGGAUAAUACAAAUUAUAAAUAAAAGAAUUUUUUUCAUCUAUUUCACUAUGCAUUAUGAAGUUUUAUAGGCUGCUGCGCCUUCUAAGGCUCGGUUUCCACCAAGGUGGAGCGGAGUGGAGACGAGAGAUGUGCAGCGAAGCUGGCAGUCUAUUUCCACUAAAGCAGAGCGGAGAGGAGACGAGACGAGAGGAGAUUUGUGUGAGCUGUCAGCUGUCGAAUUGACAAUCUAUUGCUGUCUAUGAAACAUCACACAGCUCCGCGUCGCGCCGCCGCCACCGCUGUCAAAUUCUAAUGAAAAAUUUGUCCGCCUGACACUUCUAUUUUCUCCGCUCGAUCCAUUUCCACCGAAGCGGAGGAGGUGUGAAAAUAAUGAGAUCUGAUUGUUAUUUAAAACAUCUCUGCUCCGCUCCGCUUUGGUGGAAACCGGGCCUUUUAUCAUGUGAUAUAAUGACGACUAGUAGUUAUGUUAUGCCAAGAGAUAAAAUAUUAGCUGAGCUGAUGAGGCAAAUUAGUUUCGUAAUCUACCAUUGACUAUGUUUAUUGUUUUGGUAAAAAACAGCAAACGUAUUAAUAAUGUAAAUAAUUUACCAAACUCUUCCGCUAUUGCCAUGUCUGUAAAUCAAAAGGAAUACGUGUAGUCCGGCAAAAUAACAAUAAGUAAUAUUCAAAAUUUGUAUCUUUGUAAUUUGAGUAGGUAAAUCUGCCAUAAACGGCAAAGCGAAAAAAAAAAACAUGGCGGUCACUGAGAUGGAAGGCCUGUUUCCUAUAUUUUUCUAAGCUUUUUUGACAUUUACAAAAUCGGACUCCAACUUUCACUAAUCUUUUGGAAUGUUCACUAAAUCUUAGGCAAUUUUUAAAAUACAUAGUAUCAUAGGUAUUUUAUGAACAAAAUAAAAUUACCAAAGU